AAAAUACGACAUUUAGUAUAAUUACCAGUUGUCUACGCGCAUGCGUACUAACAUUAUUAAACCUCGUGGAGCAAGAAGAAAAACAAAAUGUUGGUGCUCUUCGAAACAGCAGCUGGUUAUGCAGUAUUUAAGUUGAUGAAUGAGAAGAAACUACAGAAUGUUGAGAACUUGUAUUUGGACUUUGAAUCACCAGAAGCAGCCAGUGAAGUGGUGAAGCUUAAGAGUUUUAAGAAGUUUAAAGACACAACAGAAGCUUUAGCAGCUGCCACGGCAACUGUUGAAGGGAAAAUGAGUAAAUCGCUGAAGUCUGUGAUGAAGAAACUGGUAGCCUCGGACAUACAGGAUGAGUUGGCUGUAGCUGAUGCUAAACUUGGCAACGCCAUUAAGGAAAAGUUCAACAUCAGUUGUGUAGCAAAUUCAGCCAUACAGGAGUUAAUGAAAGGGAUCCGUACACAGAUGGACAGUCUAAUCACAUUACCAACAAAAGAAAUGUCUGCCAUGGCCUUAGGUCUGGCACAUAGUUUAUCACGAUACAAGCUCAAGUUCAGUCCAGAUAAAGUAGAUACUAUGAUUGUACAGGCUAUCUCAUUACUUGAUGAUUUAGAUAAAGAACUAAACAACUAUGUUAUGAGAGCAAGAGAAUGGUAUGGUUGGCAUUUCCCAGAGUUGGGGAAAAUUGUACAAGAUAAUCUUGCUUUCGCUAAAGUUGUCAAAUUAAUGGGAUUUCGAACAAAUGCAGUAAACACCGAUUUUUCUAAGAUUUUACCUGAAGAGGUGGAAAAAGAAGUUAAAGAUGCGGCUGAAAUCUCCAUGGGAACCGAAAUCUCAGAUGAAGAUAUUAUUAAUGUUAGAUACCUCUGUGAACAGGUGAUAGAUAUAACAGAAUAUAGGGCACAGUUAUAUGACUAUAUAAAGAACAGAAUGGUAGCUAUUGCUCCAAACUUAACAGUACUUGUUGGUGAAUUAGUCGGUGCUAGAUUAAUAUCGCAUGCAGGUUCACUAAUGAAUUUAGCUAAACAUCCUGCAAGUACGGUACAGAUAUUGGGAGCAGAGAAAGCACUUUUCCGAGCCUUGAAAACCAAGCAUGACACACCCAAAUAUGGUCUUAUCUAUCAUGCCUCAUUGGUUGGUCAGGCAAACGCUAAAAUUAAGGGCAAGAUGUCUAGAAUGUUGGCAGCUAAAACUGCUCUAGCUAUCAGAGUAGAUGCCUUGGGUGAGACCACCAACGCUGAGCUGGGUCUUGAGCAUAGAGCUAAACUAGAAAGGAGGGUCAGAGAAUUAGAAGAAGGAAAGUCAAGAAGAAUAAGUGGAAGUGGAAAGGCCAUCUCUAAAUGGGAGAAAUACGAGAACAAAAGUCAAGUAAGAAAAUACAAUGACACAGCUGAUAGUACAUUACCUGCCGUACCACAGAAACGAAAGUUUAACGAUGAUGAUGAUGAAGAAGAGGUCAAACCAAAAAUUGUAAAAGUUGAACCAGAAGCAACCAAUGGUGAUACAGAAGAACCUAAAAAGAAGAAAAAGAAGAAGAAUAAGCAGAGCUUGGAUGUGUCACAAGAAGUUGUAGCAGAAGUUUCAAUGGAAGAGCCCACCUCAGAAAAGAAGAAGAAGAAAAAGAAGAAAGUAAAGCAAGAACCAGAUAGUGACUGAGAUAGGGACGUUAAAACAUAAAACAUAUUAAGACAUAUAAAGUACAUUACAGUGAUAAAAUAGUGGUCCCGUGAUGGGGCGCAUGGUUAUAAAUAAAUACUAAAUAAGUACAUAAGUACUACACUCAAAUGUGGUGUAAGUACAGUGGAUGAAAAGAAAAAAUUCAGACAAGGGUAAAGUAUACACAAAUAUGACGGAAUAACUGAAGAAAAUUUUUUUCACUGUUUUAAAGUGUACUUACCUAGUAAUAUUUCAUGAAAAUUACUGGAGAUCUAGUGGAAGAUGUACUUGUGACCAAGUGGGAUUAUUUUUUGGCCAAAAUUAAAAAACAACAAAAAAAAAGAAGAAAUUUUGAAGUUUCAAAUUAACACUAAUAGCCAAAUGUUGCUAAAAAAAAUAACUCGGUGAGUCUGUUUGUAUAUGCAAGUGGAUUUUAAUUUGUAAAUGCACUGCGUACAUGGUGAAUGCUGUUGAUGAAUUUUAUUUUAGAAGGAAAAAUGUGUUCAUUUUAUCUUUUGUUUUACAUAUGUUUUUGUUUUGUAUUUUAAAAAUUAUUUUAACUAAGAAACACUGGGCAAACAAUUCUGUAAAAAAAAGAAAAAUCUGGACCCUUGUGGGCCAUCAAUUCUAAUACUUUAUUGCAUUGUUGAUUGAUAAUUAAAUAUGCUAGAAUACAAUAGUGAGAGAUGUUCAUUGUUGAAUUUUCCAUUAUCUCGUAAACCAAUUCAAUCAGACUGCAAUUUUCACUUUUAUUUUUACUUCAUUGCUUGAAAUGAAUUUGUAGAAUUGUAGAAGUCCAAAAGCAAUGUUAAAUGGAAUGGCACUCGUUAUUUAUCAUAUGUCCAGUUGUACAUUUCUAAGCUGUUGUUGAUACCAUUGAAAUAUUUGUUUAAGCUGGCAUUAUCACAUUUAUCAUCUGAUAUAUCAUCAUUGACAAUUCAUCAAAUUGUUAUGAUAAUAAAUCAUUCUUUAAAAAAGUU